CUCAUCAGAGCUGUUAGCCAAUUUCACAACCCAUUCUCACAGCCCCCGCCUCACCUCACCUCAUCUCAUCUCACCUUCAAACUCCAAAAAACCAUACCCGAAAUGUCCAAUUCACCAACAAUCUCCAUCCUCCCCGCAUCCCCAGAAGACGCGCCAACACUAACCCGCAUCCACGGCGAUGCAUUCAAAGACUCCACACUCACCGACCUCAUGUUUGGUCCUCCAACAGAGGAGAACCUAAAAGGGUUCACGGGCCAGCUCGCGGAGCUCAUCGCAGGCGAUAAAGCAACAAGAUUCACCAAAGCCGUCGACAACGAUACGAAUAGGAUCGUAGGCUGGAGUUGGUGGGAUUUCCAUCCCGAUUAUGAGACACGAGUGAAAGGCUCGGAAGCUUUCGCGAAGGAUCAUGCCGAUCCACCUGAGUCUGCUAUUAGUCCUGAGGCGUAUAAGGAUUAUUUCCGGGGGGUGGAGGUGAGACGGGAGAAGUGGGUUGGUGGGAGGCCUGUUGCUUUUCUCAGAGUCCUUGUCGUUCUCCCUGAGUACCAGAGAAAAGGAAUUGGUGCGAAACUUAUCACAAUGGGGCUGGAAGAGGCAGCCGCUCAAAAACUUCCGGUCUGGUUGGAAUCUUCAGAAGAGGGAUACGCGUUAUACAAGAAGCUGGGUUUCAAGGAUCUUAACGAUAGCAUUGUGAUUGACUUGGCUAAGUACGGAGAGUCAGGGAUAACGACGACGGCGUGUAUGCUGUUGGAGAAUGGCAGCUCUUGAACAGAAACUGAAUGGGUGUAUUCAUUACGGGGGAGAAAAUCGCUUGGAACCAAUUUGCAAGUGGAUCUGUCUAUUAAGCCGCGAACGGAGUUAUUAUCCUCGUUGUAUCAAAUUGCGUAGUCAUGUUAGCCUAUGUACAGCUAUGGAAAGAAAAGGAAACCGUGGUAUAAGAGGUCAA